AUUGCCCGGCCAUUUUCCGAUGCGGGCUUCGAAAGGAGAUAAAUAUCUGGAGGGAAGCGUACGAGAGGCGGCGAAAAUGGCGGCGGCGUUGAGCCUCGGCGGUGCGGCGGCGACGCGCUCUCGGCUUCGUCCUCCGCCGCGCAUCGUGCGCUCGUGGCGGCGGCGGCGGAGCGAAUCGAUUAGGGCGAAUCGGAUCGCCGCCACUCUCCUCCCCAGGGACGAAUCCGACCCCCUCCUCCGAUCCGCUCUCGCCGCAGCUUCGAUCCGCCACCGGGAAUCGCUCCGCCCAGAUCCUCUCUUCAUUGAUCCAUAUGCGGGUUGCCUUCUUUCUCUUGACGUCAAUCAUUGUGAUAUGGAGGAAUAUGCAAUUUCAAUAACUGGAUCAUCUCCAAGUUAUUACAGGAUAGCAACAAAGUACAUUGAUGAUAAAUUGCUUAACUUUGUAAGCCGAUCAGAUGAUCUUAGGCAGAUUGUUCUGUUGACAGAUGGUAUGGACACUCGCCCACUUAGGAUGAACUGGCCACGCUCUUCUAUUCUCUAUGAUGUUUCUCCUGAAAGGAUUUUCAAAGUAGCAUCUCAAAGGUUCAAAGGUGUGGGAGCAAAAGUUUCACGAGGUUGCCUACUAAUUCAUAUUCUUGUAGAAUCAUCAAAUUUACUCGAGAGUUUCUAUAGAAAUGGAUUUAACGGUGGCCGUCCGAGUAUAUGGGCGCUUCAGGGGCUACCUUUGUCGACUUUGGCCAGCUUGAAUGACUUAUUGCUUGUUAUAAGCAGUUUAGCCAUGAAAGGGAGCAUCUUUCUGGGAGAAUUACCUGCCUGCUUGGAAGGAAACAAGUUUGAAGACAAGGUUUGAAUCAUUAUGCUAGUAUGUUUAUGUGCCUCUUUACCCUUUCUCAAAAGAAGCUUCUCUACUACAAGAAGCAGUAGUUUAGCUUUUAGCAACCAAAAAAAACCAAGGAGCUUUUGUUGUGGACGGAAGCUUAAAGUAGUUUGUGGGCGCAGAAAAGAGGUUCACUGUUUGGAACUUCUGCUUCUGCUGGUGCAGGAAGCUAGUAGGGAAGAAUUUUAAUGAAAAUUUUGUUAGUGCUUCUUCAAACAGCUGCUCAAACAACAUUGCAAACAGCCUUUUAGUGCUUCUUCAAACAGCUGCUCAAACAACAUUGCAAACAACCUUUUAGUUAAUCUAUGGUUAGGUCCACUAGACGACGGAACAUUUUAUGUUCCAUGCAGAAUAUACUACUUACACAGCAGCC